UGCUCAUGGCCACCUUUCAGAAGCCUUUAAAAGCUAUAUUGCGACAGAAGAACACUGCAGUACUUCUGAGCACGCAAUCCAGAUGUGUAUGAAUGCUAUACAUGUCAACCUUGAAUUGUGUGAUUUUGCCCGUGUGCUCAAUUAUGCAAGCAAGGCAAAGGGGUCUCAAGAUCCACUCAGUCCGAUCACUACUGCGAAGCUGCAAGCGGUGGAGGGAUUGGGCUAUCUUGGCCAACAGCAAUAUAAACUUGCUGCCCUACAGUUUAUCGAGACAGGACCUGAACUAGGAAGCAACUAUUCUGAAGUCAUAGCCCCGCAAGACGUCGCUACGUAUGGAGCCCUCUGUGCUCUUGCAUUGUUUAAUUACACUGAAAUCAAGACAAAAGUUGUGGAGAAUGUUCAAUUUGGAUCUUUUCUGGACCUUGUUCCUGAAGUUAAAGAUUUGGUUAACGCCUUCUAUUACAGUCAGCGUAACACAUGCAUGGAGGUUCUUGAGAGACUUAAGCAAAGACUAAUGAUGGACCUCCAUCUUGGUCAUCAUAUGGACUUUCUUUGCUUGCUCAUUUCCCAGAAAUUGGAAUUUAUGCCCUCCACCGUUUGUGACUUCUCCACACUCUAUGACUUGCUCAUGAAGACUCCGAGCCCCAUCAAUGAGGAACAACCUCGUGUUAAUGCUAACGGGCCUCAGCUGAAUUCGGCUUCUAAUCUAAUACUGCCUGAAAAUUUUAAUGAUGAGACACUUCUCGCUGAAUCAUCCCAUUACAAGUUUCUCAAGUCAAAAGAUCUAUUUGACUCACUUGGGAGAAGAAAACAUAACUGGGUUUCUACUUGUCAGGCACGAGCUUUGCUCCAGAAUGCUAUAUUGUUUGUGGUUGAUGAUUUCGACAGUGAGGCAAGGGAUGCAAGAAGAACUGAUGGUCAAGUACUUAUGGUAUCAGAUGCAAGAUUCAGUAUGUUGAAAGUUGUAUUUGGCAGUUACACCACCACAACCAAGCCAUUAAAAGAGAAGCUCAAGAGCAAAGAAGAUGCUGAGAUUGUUCGGUUUGAAAUGAGAGGAGACAUUUGGGCGAGGAGAAGGAUGUGCUUGCGGGAUAACCCUGACUUCCACUUGCUACAGUGGAGAAAGACUUCAGGACUCAAGCGAGCGCAAGUGAGGCAACAAGAGGAGGCGUCAUCGCAGGACAGCAAUAGCAACAGACUCCUUGAACAAGUGCAACUGACCGUGAAGAACCUUGUGGAGGAGCUGAAAAUCAACACUAGAGCAGUGACGGAGUCAAGUCAGGCAAUUGCAAAGUCAUGCCAAGAUGUGGUGGAGGCCUGUAAGUUGACCGUGGCCAGCACCAGCACGGGUGCCGGUGUAGUGAACUGAGCGCGGCGAGUCUAGGUGUACUAGAAGAUGAGUAGUGGUCGUGCGGUUUGUAACAUGUUCCAUGUAGAUGAGGCCUGUAAGUUGACCGUGGCCAGCACCAGCACGGGUGCCGGUGUAGUGAACUGAGCGCGGCGAGUCUAGGUGUACUAGAAGAUGAGUAGUGGUCGUGCGGUUUGUAACAUGUUCCAUGUAGAUGAGUGCCAAGGAGCAAGUUCUAUCCUGCUACCACUAGAUUGUCUCAGUCCUUGUAUUUCAGCCAAAUGUUUUUGUCA